AGGGUAUUGAGGUGGCCUCCGGCUUCAUUCUAUCAGAUUUGUUCUCGAUCAUUGCCUGGUGUCUGGAAUCUCUUUGAGUAGGGGGGUCUCUCGAUCAAUUCAGUCGUUAGGAUGCAAAAUAACGAAGCAACAAAGACAGGCGAUGGUCUAGCCCGCUUCGCAUGUGACUACUGUCGACAGAAAAAGCUCAAGUGUUCAAAGGAGCUACCCAAAUGUAGCACCUGUAAGCCAUGGCCCGGCAGUUGUGACUAUUCGCGAGAUAAUUCAUCUCCUUCUCAUGUCCCAACAAAUCAGAAUUUGGGACCAAGUGAUGUGGACACGAGCACACAGAAUGCACAGCAUUCUCUUCAGAUGGACGGCAAUAUUGGCCAACGGCUGCAACGUGUUGAGAAUGCUAUCCAGCAAUUAAACAUUUCAAUCAACCAGAUUUUGAGAGUCGUGGCCCCAGAUAUUCAGGAAAUGCAGAGGCAGGGACCAACUUCGACAAUUCCUGGCCCGAAGAGCGACCCCAGUCCGGGGCUUUUCGUCGGUCCAUCACACGCAUUCUCAUUCCUAAGGGAGACAUCAGCUACUAUCGAGGCUAUAUCCAAGUCGCAGAGCUCUGUUCAUCAGGAAGCUCAUUCGGAACUACAGUAUCUAUCUAAUACGUUAACUAGGGCCGAAAUCGAUCAGGGGAUGAGAGAGGAGGCCUCUGGGUUCUACGUGCCCACGGAAAGGGUUGGAUACAGUCUGAUAGGCCGUUUCCUUGAAUGCAUAGAGAUGGCUGAGGUAUAUUUCGAGAUUCCAUCGCAUGAUAUCCUAAGACAGGUUGUCUUUGAUCCAGGAAAUGUCGCCCAGAAGGCGUGGGUGGUUUUAUUCAAUUAUAUGAUGCUUGCCCUCGUUUCCGCGGAACAUGAUGAUAAUAAUCAAGUCGAAAGGUUUCGACGGAACAUGCAACUUGCACUCAACAACAGCAGUAUCUUUCUUGAACCACGUGAAGAGAAUAUACAGGCUUUGGUGCUACUUGCUGUCCACGGAGAGGACUUUGCCUCCCCUAACUUGUCCUGGAUGUUGGUAGGACAUGCUUGCCGCCAAGCUGAAGCUCUGGGGCUUCAUGCUGCCUCCGACAAUGACUCCGAUGUCAGACAACGGAAACUCUGUCUCUUCUGGCUCCUUUUUGCGAUCGACAAAUCUUGUGCCCUUGCUUUUGGCCGACCUACGUUUCUCCCUACAGCCCUGUACGGGAAUAUACCAUUGCCUGGCCGUCAUUACUUGCUUAAAUUCCAUCCACAUGAGAACCCAGUUAUCAGUGACUCUUGCAGCAGCACGCAGGGUUCUACAUUUGGAGCUGAGCUAUUUAGCAGUAUGAUCGAAGUGGCAAAGUUGACCGGCCACAUAGUGGAUCUCUUGACCUUUGGGGAGUCACCUCUGACAAGAGAUGAACUCAGGAUAAAACUCGAUGCAUGGUAUACGCACACAAAUAAGGCUCUGUCGGAAACCAUAACCAGAGAAAGCGCUUGGGCGAAUGCGACUCAACUUCGAGAGAUGCAUCUAGGCGUUCAUGGCAUCAGAUUUGGAUAUCUGCAUACCCUUAUUGUACUUCUCAAAGGAGAUGCUUCUUGCUCAAGCCUUCGGUUGGCAUCUGCCCGAGAGGCCAUCUCACUUCUGCCCUCAAUGGUCUCCAACUGGAAAUCCGUUUACAAUGGAGCAGUAUGGCAACUCCUUUAUUAUCCCUUUACUCCAUUCUUCGUGAUAUUCGAGAACAUUGUUCACAGCCGCGGAUCGUUGAGGUCAAUGAUCGAUCAUGACCUUGGCCUGCUGGCCACAACAGUAUCCUAUUUUGCUAGCAUGAGAAGCCAACUACAUCUCCUGGCCAAGAUCUGCUCCAGGUUGGAACGUGUCGCCUCUGUAUUCCUGCAGCUUGCACAACAUCAUGUGAGGACCACUAUGUCAAGACAGGCUGCUAGUCAAACUACGACAUCUAGCAACUUUUCCCAGAUGACGCUACCGUACGAAGAGAGUCAGAGAUAUGAUUCACUUGAUAGAGAGCGCACUAAUGCUGCAUCACUUCCGGGUAACGCACUUCACGAGGAAAGCGCUCCGCAUUUUGCCAUCGAAGGGUUAGAUCUCGAUAGUUACCUACAGUGGCUACCAGCAGAUAUAACAGCUCCAUGGCCUGCAUCUGGACCUGAAAGGCAAAAUAUCCCAUCAGUACCUGGAGUUGCUCCUACAUCAAGUUAUUCACACAGUCGCAAACGGGCGUUGGAUAGCACCUUCGACUGGUUUUCUUGGGAUGCAUACUAUGCUGGAACGUCUCAGUAGCUAAAUUUACAUGUUCUUCGACUUCAUGUUCCAUGUAUAUAUUUACGAAAGUAAUAUUAUGGAUACUUGCAUUGUGCACGUUUGAUGCCAUA